UAACCGUGUUUUUCUGACCUGCGGCUGGCUUGACCGCGGUCAGAAAACGAAAGUAUAUUUGUAUCUUUCAGAAGUUGGCAGACAGACGACUCGAAGCGCGAGCUCACAAUCAAACAUUCAUUUACCGACAUUAUUUCCGAGGUCAUUUUUCUGUAAGGCUUUUCCUUAUUUUUAUAUUUUAGAUGGUGAUGAAAAAAUGACUGGCCAUCUCUUCAUUGGAGGCGCCUUUAGAGAGAAAUGCAACUUUACAGAUUACAUAAAUUUUAGGCUACACACUGAAGAUGGGAGACGUAAAUAAGUCAAAUACACGUUUGAAUGUGGUCCUUCUGGGAAAAACCAGGGCUGGGAUAAGUGCAUCAGGAAACACAAUCCUGGGACGACAAGCUUUUACAUCAAAGAAAAGCUCCAGCUCAGUCACUCGAGAUGUAGCUGUUCAGUCUGGAUCAGUUGGUGACAUUGAAGUCACUGUUUAUGACACACCAGGAUUAUUUAACACAGAUAUGAGUGAAGAUGAGAUUCAGAAGAAAUAUAAAGAGGUUCUUCAGAGAUGUGAAUCAGGUCCCUGUAUGUUUCUGCUGGUGAUCAAAGCUGACAAAUUCACUGGGAAAGAGAGGAAAACUGUGGAGAAGAUUGAGAAGCUGCUGGGAGAAGAGCGCCUGAAGAAAACCUGGAUUCUCUUCACCAGAGGAGACGAACUGGAUGAAGAAAACAUGACUAUACAAGAAUUCCUUGAUGACACUGAAGAACUGAAGAACCUCAUUCAGAAAUAUGAUCAGAGAUGCCAUGUGUUCAACAACAAGAAGAGAGGACAUACAGAACAAGUUCAAAUGCUGUUUAUAAAAAUACUUAUGCCAUACUUUGAUUUACAGAGAGAAGACCUAGAGACAUUGAAGCAGAAUCCACUAACGAGGAAAAUACCUCAAGAGAUUGAACCAGACGCUCCUGCUGACAGUCUCCCAUCCAGACGGCUUGUUCUUCUGGGUAAAAGUGGAGUUGGGAAAAGUGCAGCUGGAAACACAAUCCUGGGACAGAGAGAGUUUAACUCUGUGAUGAGCAUGAGUUCAGUAACCAGUGAAUGUUCAAAGGAGCACGUCACUGUUUCAGGCAGAUCUGUGACUGUAGUGGAUACUCCUGGAUUCUUUGACACACAGAUGAAACCUGAAGAGUUAGCUGAGGAGAUAGCCAGAAGUGUUUAUAUAUCCAGUCCUGGACCUCAUGCUUUUCUCAUUGUGUUUCCUGUGAAUAUGAGAUUCACUGAACAGGAGCAGGUGAUUCCUCAGAUGAUUGAGAUGAUGUUUGGUGAGGGAGUGUUAAAAUACUCCUUCAUUCUCUUCACUCAUGGAGAUCUGCUGGAAGAUAAGUCAGUAGAGAAACUCAUUAAGCAGAACAGUACAUUAAGAGAUCUAGUUGAUCAGUGUGGAGACAGAUAUUACGUCUUCAACAAUAAAGAUUUGAAUAACAGAGAGCAGGUGAAUGAUCUCCUGCAGAAGAUUGACUCAAUGAUAGAGCAGAAUGGAGGAGAACACUACAGUAACCAGAUGUUUGAAGAUGCUCAGAGAUUCAGACGAGAGGAAGAAGAGCAGAGACAGAGAGAGGAAGAGCAGAGAAAACAACAAGAGGAGAAACAAAGACAAGAGGAGAUUGAGAGAGUGAAGAAAGAGACAGAGAAGAGACACAGAGCAGAGUAUAAAGCUAAGAGAUCUGAACGAGAAAGACGAAAGAAGCAGAGAGAGGAAGAGAAAGGGAAAAAAAAGGGCGGAUUUAUGCAGUUUUUUAAUAAGCAUCGGCGCUGUUUUUAUGUUGCAGCUGUUGUAGCUGGUAUUGCUGUUGGUGGAGUUGCUGGUGGAGUUCUAGCUAAAGCUUUUUUGGGGGGAGCUGUUCUUAAAAUGGCUGCUGUUGGAGCUGUUGUAGGUGGAGCUGUUGGUGGUGGAGCUGCAGCUCUUUUUUUUUAAACGGCCCGGCAAAGGAUGAACGACCUGUGUCAAACAGUGACAUGUAAAACUAGUCUUGCAUAUUUAGUUUACUAUUGUAAUAUUUUCACACUGUCACUUAACUCCUGCUGCUUGAGUAAGGAUCAUUAUGAAAAUAAUAUUAUCCACAGAAGAGGUGCAGAUUUUGCAAUAAAUAAAUAAAUAUAAAUAGACUGCAGCAACUGACAUUUUGUCAGAACCUCUGGUAAAUUACAUGCUAUUUGUUCAGCUGUCUGUUCAGAAUUUUGGGAGAAUUGUUAUUUAUAUUUGAAACAAACAAAAAUCGUGAUUCUCAAUCAUUUCAGAAGUGAGGGGGACAAACAUGUCAAAUAUAAUAACUUUUUUGUCUAAUUGACAGGUUUUAUUACGAUUAUUAUUAUUAUUUAUUAAUUAUUACCUCUUGCUUUUAAUUGGCUGAGAAAUCAAACACACUAUGACAAUAACCACUAUAUUUUUAAUAUUUUCCUUGUAUUUUCCUAAUGACAGUUUCCAUCCGGCUUUGAGUAGCCUAUAAAUGAAACAUACACUGCAUGAGAGUGUUUACGUCUCGUUCCUGACCGCAUCACUGUCUUUACUGGAUGUUUUUAGAGAAUAUUUGCAUUUAUUCACAUGCGAUUGGAUUAGUUACUCAUAUGCUGGACUGUCAUGAUUUGGCUAGUGCAGGACGCACAUCAGAGGGGGUGUAGAAGUGGCUAUACGCCGUAUACCUGCAUAUACCCUCCACUACACCACUGUGUAUAUAUAUAUAUUUUAUACACACAAUAUAUAAAAUUAUAUUUGCACUCUUAGCUAGCAAGUUGUCACAAACUCGAGUCCGAACCGAGCCCGAAGCUAUUCAUUAAACAUUAACCUGAACUCGACCGAGCAGCAAAGCUCUACUUCUGCUUUUGGAUCUGUAGGAGGAACUGGUUGACUUCCAAACUGCAUAACUUCUGUAGGGUUGUGGGCAUUGUGAGCCUAUCAAAGCGUCUAUAGGCAAUGAUAGAUCAGUUAAACUGUGCAGUGUGUGUGUUUAUUCUGUAUUUGUUUUCUAUAAAUGUUUUGGCUCAUGUGCUUGCAUAUUCUUCAUAUUCUGCUUGAAACUUGAACACAGGGUAAGGCUGCCGCCCUGCAGCUUUUAGAGGAAGCAGGGCAGACACAAAAAGGUAUUUAUAGAAAUAAUAAUCACAGACAUAAUAAACAGGAUAUAUAAGUGCACACAUUUUGGCAAAUGCCAAAAAGAAAGGGAAGCAGUGUUUACUGUAGCUUUAUCACUCUGUGUAACUGAACUGAUCUCAUUAAAGGCUCUCAUUAUUGCA